UGUUGGGACGGUAAAGGUGGGAGGGCGGCUGUCAUGUAGCGGAAUUUCUGCUCUAUCUACUACUUCUAUAGCUACCUUCUGUUGCUUUCCCCAAAGGCACAGCUAGAUGUGGACAUGAAGACACUGAACACCCUUUCCUGUGGAAUUCUAUUGACCAUUCCGUUGUUAGUAAGAUGUGAGCCAGACGAACCACCCCCCAAAUGGGAGUACUACAACCCGCUGUCGGGGGAAACGCUGCUCUGUGAUUGGUGCGCUCCCGGGGAGUUCAUGGUCACGGAAUGCACGCAAACCACCGUCACACAGUGCCGCACAUGCGCAGAGAACGAAUACACGGAGCACUUUAACCACGUCAGGGAGUGCUUCCGGUGCAGGGAAUGUCUGAAGGCCCACGAGCGUGUCCUGUUAGAGUGCACGCCUACCAACAACAGAGAGUGCGUCUGUGAAGACGGCUUCUUCCUGGUCGCAGAAUUCUGCUUUCUUCACACUAAAUGUCCCAUCCGGUACGGGGUUGUACAGAGAGGGACCCCCUGGACGAACACCAAGUGCAGACGGUGUAGUUCAGGCACGUUCUCUAACGUGGAGUCCAGCAUAGCCCCGUGUAGGAACCACACGGACUGUGGGACUAUGGGACUGUGUGUCACACGGAGGGGCAACAGGGGGGUCGACAACGUCUGUGAGAUAUGCCCGGACUACGUCACAACAGCCACGCCGAAGUCUGAAGACGAAACAACUGUACCUACGGCGGGAUCAACAGAGUUUGUCUCCGCGGCAAGGCAAGAAGACAACGCGACCCUGAAACACGUCACUGUGACAGAAGUAAGAUGGGAGCCGAUAGUUUACGUCACAAUCGCUAUAGUCAUCAUUGCAGCAGUUAUAGUUGCGUUUUGCUGCGUGGUUCAUACAUUCCGAAGACGGCGGGCUGACACGUCACAGGGACUUCCGCCCCUACAGACGACUUUAGCAGGGAAAACACCCAUAGUUUCAUUUGUAGGGAUCCCUAAGGGCAAGGAAAGUCCUCCCACCGAAUCUGACCAAGUAGACGAACUGUUUGAGACCCACCACGCUCAUACUGCUGCUGCUGCUGCAAGACAGACAACUUCCGCUAGGAGAAACCCGUUAGCCAUGACCCGUACAAGUUCUCCGACCGUGCCCAGACUUAGGAGGACAAAAUCGCGACCAAAUGACGAUGAACUACGCCGCCGCCCCGCCAACCUAGAUGAUGUCGAGCUCAUCGUUGGCGACAUCGGCGGCGCCUGGCGUCAACUCGGCCGGGAUCACCUCGGCUUCUCGGACGGGCGGCUGGACGGGUUUCAGAGCGACUACGGUCUACAGCUGAGAGAGGUCGUGUUUCAGAUGCUGAGAACGUGGAUAGACGAGAGGAGAGGGGACGUGACGUUAGGGAAACUCGUGGACGCUUUGAGUAAAGUAGGAAAACCGGAACUGGCAGAGGCGCUACUGGAACAAACAUCGUAGCAAGACGCAUACUAUUUCAAAUACAAUGUAUUUACAUUGGUUUUAUGUAAAAGUAUCAAAUGUACAAAUAUAUACAAAUAUUUGUCAGAAUUGAUCCCAUGGUCAACAAAAUAUACCCUCGAUCUUACCACCGUACUUACAUACUAUACUACAAGUAUUGAUACAAUUCGUUGUCACAUAUAUAUCGUAAAAUAUUUUAUAUAUCAUAUGGCUGGAGAUUUUACAUGAUGUUUCCCUUACUAAUAUCACCAUGAUACAUACACAGAUCACCAUUAAUAAAACAACAUAUGGUGUAUACACGUGUGUCACACGUUAUUGCAGCACUGUCAUAUAGCAGCCUUAAGAUAGUAUCACUUUGAAAUACAGCAAAGUCUUCUUGGUUACCGUUCCACGAUCGGCAAAAUUGCGAGGAGGGCUCUCUGUAUAUUGUACUGGCAGAAUUCAAUCCAACUCGUGCAACAUUUGUGGGGUAUAUGUACCACUUAAA